UCGACAAUUAAUAAUGGAGUUGAAACGAGGGGUGUUUGUGAUUUUGUGUUUUAUAAUUCCGAAAACAAUUUAUUCUGAACCUGUAAAACAUAGGAAAACCGAUGCACCUGUAGUUUCGAUAAGUGGAUAUAUGGGUAAAGAAAUCAAAACAGAGCUAAAUGGAUGUAAUCUGAAAAUUGGCAUAACUGGUCUGAAAAGUUGCAGUGCUGACGAUUCGUUGUGUGGUAAAUCGAAGGGCGGACUUAGUGUACCUGGAAAAGAAGGAAAGGCAGGAGCAACAGGGCCACCUGGGCCAAUAGGGCCAUUAGGUCCUCCGGGACCAUCAGGUCCUUCAGGUUCGCCUGGGCCAUUAGGAUCCACGGGAGCUAAAGGAGAUAUAGGACCACCAGGAUCACCAGGUCUUCCAGGGAAAACGGGACCAAUAGGAUUAUCGGGAGUUAAAGGAGAUAUUGGACCACCUGGACCAACUGGGCCUCAAGGCCCUAAAGGAGAUUUAGGACCGAUAGGGCCUGUUGGAAUACCUGGAAUAAAAGGAGAGACUGGACCACAAGGUCCUAUAGGAUUUAUAGGAGCACCGGGACCAAGAGGUUUACCAGGGUUAGCAGGGAUUCAAGGUGUGCCUGGUUUCAAUGGAAGCAAUGGCGAAAUGGGAAUGAAGGGUUCAAAAGGUGAACCAGGGCUUCCGGGAAAAGAUUGUGUCACUGAAGGGUUACCUCCUCCAGAAAGCGCCCCGACAUAUUUGGGAAGUUUUUCGAAACCAGCUGCAUCAUGCGCAGAGCUGAAAGAAGAUGGUAUAUUUUACCUAAAUCCUUCUGAUCCAUUCGAAGUCAAUUGCAAAGUAACGGAGAAGGAAGCCUGUCUUAAAAUACAAGAAUUGGAAUAUGAUAUCGACGAGAUUGCUAUUACGUUCACUAACGAUUCAUUUUGGUUAAGUGAAAUGGGAUUUGAUUUGACGAAAUUUUACAACCUACAAGUAUCUCAGCUCUCCUACCUUCUAGCGUCAUCUGCGGGCGUCACACAGACAAUAAGAUAUCAUUGUCGCAAUACGACAGUGAUUAGCGGCACGGAUAAUGCAUUGCAAGUGUUACUUUGGAAUGAUAAUUUAGUGGGACCAUAUUCCACUAAAAGAACGCCAAUGUAUUACGAUAUUCCCAAAGAUACGGAUACAUGCAUGACUGGUGAUUCAUGGGAGUUCACGGAUAUAGUAUUGGAAUCUAAACUUAAUACACGUCUUCCAGUGGUAGAUUUCUUCAUACAAGAUAUAAGACCCUUGAAUCAGAAAGUUUAUGUGGAACUGAAAAAAUUGUGCUUUAAAUAUAACAUACCAUCUACUUAAUUAAGGUAAAAAGAAAUAAAAUUUUUGGUUACGAUAUAGACUAUUCCAAUCGAAGAAAAAGUAAAGAUAAACAAGCCGUAGUUUGACGAAUUCCGUGCAAUUUGCUCUUGUUUGUACUUGAUUAAUAUAUAUUUAUUUGUUAUACAACAACUCAUCUACUCGAAUUUUACUUCUAAAGUUCCGAUAACAGUUUCGUCGACAUUCGAAUAGAUUAUUCCAGCUCUCGCAUAAAUUCGAUGUGAAGUGUUGUUUAUUUGGCUUUUGUCGUCUUGUGGUAUGAAUAGGCUAAAUGAAUUAUUGUUUAUCAUUCAUAAUCUGAUAUAUUUUUGUUAAGCUCUGAGAAAUGUAAGAUAUCAAUUAUUGUAGGUUUUAAGUCUAUGAUAAAAAUAAUGGGCAGAAAUAAUAUCGUAUCGUAGCAAUAACGUAUUAUAUUUAUGGUGCUCGUAAGUUAUUCAUGUAAGUAUGAAAGUUAGUAGGUAGUUAUUGGAUACGUAAAAAUAAUGCCAUCUUUGUUUUGAAUUUGAAUUAUAAUUAGUCACUAGUGCCUGUAACGCCAUCUCUAUGUAACUUAUGAUAUUAACAUGCGAUCUUUUACCUCAAUAGCUAUGCUGUAAAACGCAAGAUGGCGACUUUGAAUUUAUAUUUAAUGAUGUACAUAAUCCCAAUACGAUUAUUUUUUAUUCUUGUUAUCCUGCUAACUAGAGAUCAAUCUCAUUUUGUUCGAAUAUAUCAGCCUUAUUUGUUACCUGUCACCUCGCUGA